AUGCAUCUCGAGUGGGAGUUGGAGCAGCAGGAUGAGGGCGAUGCACAGGGCCAGCAGGCUCAGAGCCACGGGCAGGGGCGAGAGGGAGCAUGUCAGGACCAGGACUCAGUUCGGAACGCGUUCGACCUGCAGAUCCUGGACAUGAAUUUCGACGCGUGCUCGCAGAACCUCCCCGGCGGCCUCUCCUUCGAUAUCCGCCACUCCUACCCCACCCUCCAGCCGUGCCCUACUCUUCAAGCUUUCCCUAACCUUCAAGCUUGCCCCACGCUUCAGACCCCGAACGCAGCUCCGUUCGUCGCCGGAAAUCCCUACUCCCUCGCGUUUAACGUGCAGUCCGCCUCGUCUUUCCAGUCCCACAACGCCGCGCCGUUUCUGUCCGAAAACCAGCACGAGUUUCCCGUUUCCAGCGCACGUCAAUGUGGACGGAUUCCGUUAGAACCGCCAGUAACAGAGAACAAUAACAGCAGCAACAGCAACAAUGAGAAUACUGAUAAUUACGGCGAGAACUCGUCCGGCCCUCCGUCUAGAAGCGCGUUCGACCUCCAAACCCCCGACAUGAACUUCGACGCCCCGUGCGACGCGCCGUGCGACGCGCCGUGCGACGCUCCGUGCGACGCGCCGUGCGACGCGCCGUGCGACGCUCCGUGCGACGCGCCGUGCGACGCUGCGACGCGCAUGAUCCGGCUGCCGUACGACCUGCAUCCGCCCGACAUCAACCUGCCGCUUUCACUCCCCAUCCCCAUGUCCAUGUCCAUGUGCCUCGACCUCGAUCUCGACGCCGCCUCUCCCGCGCACCACCCCGCUCAUGCCCCGCAACCCACCAAUGCCGCGCAUCCAGAUAAUGCCGCGCGUCCCGCUCAUCCCUCUGACGGUGCUGACGCGGCUGCAGCGGCGGCUGCGAAUGCUCCUCCUGCUGCUGACGCAGCUGCUACUGCGGGCACUCCUGCGGCUGCUGCGUCUGGACUGGAUGGUGCGAUUCGUGGGAGGCGCGGCAUUGAUGGGGUUGGACGGGGCGAUGGGAGUGACGCGGAGGGGAAUGGAAGCGGGGGUAGCGCGGAGGGGGAGCAGCGCGGAUUGGGAGAGCACGGUAGGGCGGGCGAGUUUGGCGGAAACGGCGAGCUAGGGGCAGCCUGCGCAGGUGUCCUCAGAACUUUCCAGCAGGGCGCGGAGGGUGGUUCCGCGGAGGGCGCAGGGGGGGCGGACAGGGAGAACGGACGGGAGCAGCAGGCGGAACAGGGAAUAUCAGACAGGGCGGACGGGCAGGAAGCAGGCGCUGAUGCUGGCGGGGAUACUGGCGGGGAUGGGGGGGGAGAUAUUGGCGGAAUGGCUCUCUGGUGGGAUGUCGGUCCGUCACCGAAUUUAGACAUUGAGAUAGCUCCGGUUGGCGCCCCGGCAACCCGGUUUGCACCGAGGCUGAUUUUCAGCCUUGACAGCCACCCACCAUCCACCACGGCUGCUCCUGCUGCUCCUGCCGCACUGACAGCAGACACCAGAGGGCGUAGUCUGUCCAGACCCACUGUACCCUCCGAAUCUGGCAAUCAUCCUAGGGAGAGUGGGUCGGGCACAGGGGCUGCGGAGGGCGUGGCAGAGGCAGCAAGGGGCGCGGAUACAUGUCGCACUGCAAUUGGCCCCAGUGGCUGCGCUAGUGGCAACGGGAGCAUGCUGGGUGCCGCUCCUGCUGGUACAGCCGCCGCUCCUAGUGGUAACACCACCCUCGGUCGCAGCAGCAGUGACAUUCCCAGGCGAUACACUGCACGGGAGGACCGUGUGUGGGGCGCCCACUUCUUCUUCUCCCACUACUAUGCCUCCACCCUCGGCCAAUCGCGCGACGAGGAAGCGUUUAUGGUACAGCACGAUGUGGAGAAUGCGUACAUGUGGGCGCUCAAUCGAGGAGAGGAGGCGUUUAUGGUACAGCAUGACGUGGAGAAUGCGUACAUGUGGGCGCUCAGUGUGCGGCCAGAGCAUGCUCUGGGCAAGAUGCAGCUGCGCUCCUUCAUCAACGGCAACUCCAGCAACUUCAGGCAGACAGGGGUAGCAAGGGCUGCUGUCGCUGCACCCUUCUCUCUCCUCUCCCCCCCUCUCACCUCCCCCUCCCGCCUCUCUUUCUCACCUCCCCCUCCCGCCUCUCUUUCUCACCUCCCCCUCCCGCCUCUCUUUCUCACCUCCCCCUCCCGCCUCUCUUUCUCACCUCCCCUCCCCGCCUCUCUUUCUCACCUCCCCCUCCCGCCUCUCUUUCUCACCUCCCCCUCCCGCCUCUCUUUCUCACCUCCCCCUCCCGCCUCUCUUUCUCACCUCCCCCCUCCCGCCUCUCUUUCUCACCUCCCCCUCCCGCCUCUCUUUCUCACCUCCCCCUCCCGCCUCUCUUUCUCACCUCCCCCUCCCGCCUCUCUUUCUCACCUCCCCCCUCCCGCCUCUCUUUCUCACCUCCCCCUCCCGCCUCUCUUUCUCACCUCCCCCUCCCGCCUCUCUUUCUCACCUCCCCCUCCCGCCUCUCUUUCUCACCUCCCCCUCCCGCCUCUCUUUCUCACCUCCCCCUCCCGCCUCUCUUUCUCACCUCCCCCUCCCGCCUCUCUUUCUCACCUCCCCCUCCCGCCUCUCUUUCUCACCUCCCCCUCCCGCCUCUCUUUCUCACCUCCCCCUCCCGCCUCUCUUUCUCACCUCCCCCUCCCGCCUCUCUUUCUCACCUCCCCCUCCCGCCUCUCUUUCUCACCUCCCCCUCCCGCCUCUCUUUCUCACCUCCCCCUCCCGCCUCUCUUUCUUUCUCACCUCCCCCUCCCGCCUCUCUUUCUCACCUCCCCCUCCCGCCUCUCUUUCUCACCUCCCCCUCCCGCCUCUCUUUCUCACCUCCCCCUCCCGCCUCUCUUUCUCACCUCCCCCUCCCGCCUCUCUUUCUCACCUCCCCCUCCCGCCUCUCUUUCUCUCACCUCCCCCUCCCGCCCUCUCUUUCUCACCUCCCCCUCCCGCCUCUCUUUCUCACCUCCCCCUCCCGCCUCUCUUUCUCACCUCCCCCUCCCGCCUCUCUUUCUCACCUCCCCCUCCCGCCUCUCUUUCUCACCUCCCCCUCCCGCCUCUCUUUCUCACCUCCCCCUCCCGCCUCUCUUUCUCACCUCCCCCUCCCGCUCUCUUUCUUUCUCACCUCCCCCUCCCGCCUCUCUUUCUCACCUCCCCCUCCCGCCUCUCUUUCUCACCUCCCCCUCCCGCCUCUCUUUCUCACCUCCCCCUCCCGCCUCUCUUUCUCACCUCCCCCUCCCGCCUCUCUUUCUCACCUCCCUCCCCCUCCCGCCUCUCUUUCUCACCUCCCCCUCCCGCCUCUCUUUCUCACCUCCCCCUCCCGCCUCUCUUUCUCACCUCCCCCUCCCGCCUCUCUUUCUCCCUCCCCCUCCCGCCUCUCUUUCUCACCCCCCCCCCCGCCUCUCUUUCUCACCUCCCCCUCCCGCCUCUCUUUCUCACCUCCCCCUCCCGCCUCUCUUUCUCACCUCCCCCUCCCGCCUCUCUUUCUCACCUCCCCCUCCCGCCUCUCUUUCUCACCUCCCCCUCCCGCCUCUCUUUCUCACCUCCCCCUCCCGCCUCUCUUUCUCUUUCUCACCUCCCCCUCCCGCCUCUCCGCCUCUCCCUCCCCCUCCCCCCCCCUCCCGCCUCUCUUUCUCACCUCCCCCUCCCGCCUCUCUUUCUCACCUCCCCCUCCCGCCUCUCUUUCUCACCUCCCCCUCCCGCCUCUCUUUCUCACCUCCCCCUCCCGCCUCUCUUUCUCACCUCCCCCUCCCGCCUCUCUUUCUCACCCCCCCGCCCGCCUCUCUUUCUCACCUCCCCCUCCCGCCUCUUUCUCACCUCCCCCUCCCGCCUCUCUUUCUCACCUCCCCCUCCCGCCUCUCUUUCUCACCUCCCCCUCCCGCCUCUCUUUCUCACCUCCCCCUCCCGCCUCUCUUUCUCACCUCCCCCUCCCGCCUCUCUUUCUCACCUCCCCCUCCCGCCUCUCUUUCUCACCUCCCCCUCCCGCCUCUCUUUCUCACCUCCCCCUCCCGCCUCUCUUUCUCACCUCCCCCUCCCGCCUCUCUUUCUCACCUCCCCCUCCCGCAUGCACCGCCAGGGUGGACGAGCCGUGCUUCCCCUUCCCCGAGCGGGCUGGCUUCCUGCGCUCACACUGCUUCUAUCGUGCCUUUCACCUUAUCCCACUCACCUCCCCCUUUCGCCCCUUCCCCUCCCACCUCGCCUCCCACCAUGCACCACCAGGGUGGACGAGCCGUGCUUCCCCUUCCCCGAGAAGGCCGGUUUCCUGCGCUCACACCGCCUGCAGCGGCGGCGCUACAAGGGCCUGGCCAACCCUCUCUGCAUCCACGGCAUCGCGCCCGUUCCGGAGCCUGA